UGCACGCCCGCGCUCUCCGCAGCAUGUUGCGCGCCGCUGCGCUCGCCGCCGCUGGCCUCGGGUCCCGCCUGGGCCGCCGUCUCCUGUCGGCCGCCGCCACCCCGGCGGUGCCGGCCCCCAACCAGCAGCCUGAAGUCUCCUACAACCAGAUCUUCAUAAACAAUGAGUGGCACGAUGCUGUCAGCAAGAAAACAUUCCCCACCAUCAAUCCAUCCACCGGAGAAGUUAUCUGUCAGGUAGCUGAAGGAGACAAGGAAGACGUGGACAGGGCAGUAAAGGCUGCCCGGGCCGCCUUCCAGCUGGGCUCACCCUGGCGCCGCAUGGACGCAUCCGACAGGGGCCGCCUGCUGAACCGCCUGGCUGAUCUGAUUGAGCGGGACCGGACCUACCUAGCAGCCUUGGAGACCCUGGAUAACGGCAAGCCCUAUGUCAUCUCCUACCUGGUGGAUCUGGACAUGGUUCUCAAAUGCUUCCGUUAUUACGCUGGCUGGGCUGAUAAGUACCACGGGAAAACUAUUCCCAUUGAUGGGGACUUCUUCAGCUAUACCCGCCAUGAACCCGUUGGGGUGUGUGGGCAGAUCAUUCCGUGGAACUUCCCGCUCCUGAUGCAAGCCUGGAAACUCGGCCCAGCCCUGGCGACCGGAAAUGUGGUUGUGAUGAAGGUAGCUGAGCAGACUCCACUGACUGCCCUCUAUGUGGCCAACCUGAUUAAGGAGGCCGGCUUUCCCCCUGGCGUGGUCAAUAUUAUUCCUGGAUUUGGCCCCACAGCUGGGGCCGCCAUCACCUCCCAUGAGGAUGUGGACAAAGUGGCCUUCACAGGCUCCACCGAGGUUGGCCGCCUAGUCCAGGUUGCUGCAGGGAGCAGUAACCUCAAGAGAGUGACCCUGGAGCUGGGGGGAAAGAGCCCCAAUAUCAUCAUGUCAGAUGCAGAUAUGAACUGGGCCGUGGAGCAGGCCCACUUCGCCCUGUUCUUCAACCAGGGCCAGUGCUGCUGUGCGGGCUCCCGGACCUUUGUGCAAGAAGAUGUGUACGCCGAGUUUGUGGAGCGGAGCGUUGCCCGGGCCAAGUCUCGUGUGGUUGGGAACCCCUUUGACAGCCAGACUGAGCAGGGGCCGCAGGUAAGCCCGGCUGCUGCAGAUGGGUCUGGGUGUCUGGAGCCAGCGUGGAGAAGCAGAGGGGGUCUCAGACUCAGAGGCAGGCAGGCUUGGCUUCAAGUCUCAGCUCUGCCAUGUGGUGGAGGGGCUGCUGCUGACCGUGGCUACUUCAUCCAGCCCACCGUGUUCGGAGAUGUGCAAGACAGCAUGACUAUCGCCAGGGAGGAAAUCUUUGGGCCAGUGAUGCAGAUCCUGAAGUUCAAGACCAUAGAGGAAGUCAUUGGGAGAGCCAACAAUUCCAAAUAUGGGCUGGCUGCAGCUCCAUUCAGGAGGUCGGAGGGGUAUGACACACACAUCUUCUACAAGUUACUUCUGAAUCUUGUUUCAUAUUAUAGGGUCAACUGCUAUGAUGUGUUUGGGGCCCAGUCCCCAUUCGGCGGCUACAAGAUGUCUGGGAGUGGCCGGGAGCUGGGAGAGUAUGGGCUGCAGGCAUACACCGAAGUGAAAACCGUCACGGUCAAAGUGCCUCAGAAGAACUCCUGAAGAACUGUGCCGACUCCCAGCGGAGGUCAAGGACAUCAGCAGCAAAACCAAGAAAAAUGACACUUGCACACUAAAAGUCUCAAAAGAGAAAUUCUCUCACAAAAUCUCUUGAUCAAGAAAGUAUCAGAACUUUAAUUGAUAGAUGGGGGUGGGUGUGAAGGAAAGAGUACCGGGAAAGCCUUUUACAUGCCAACAGUACUCCUAGCUUCCAGGCUGAUUUUUCAAAACUAGAUUCAAAUGUCUUAUUCUGGGGCGCCUGGGUGGCUCAGAUGGUUAAGCGUCUGCCUUCGGCUCGGGUUAUGAUCUCAGGGUCCUGGGAUC